AAAUUCGAGCCCCUCGUCGGCGGUCGGCCCCCUCGACCUUCCUCAACAAGUCGACGCGGCGCUUUGAGGCCUCGUUGCCAGCUUCCUCACCUCCCUCCCUUUCUCAGCACCACCACCACCACGCCGCCCUCGCCUACGAUGGCGGAGCGCCCGGAGUGGAGCAUGUCCGACUUCGAGAUCGGCAAGUACAUCGGCGAGGGCAAGUUUGGCAAGGUCUACCUCGCCCGAGAGAAGAAGAGCGGGUACGUGGUGGCGCUCAAGCUGAUGUACAAGGCGAAGCUGGACAAGUACCGGUUCCACGCGCACCUGCGGCGGGAGAUCGAGAUCCAGCACGGCCUCGACCACCCAAACGUGCUCCGCCUCUUCGCCUGGUUCCACGACGACGAGCGCGUCGUUCUCGUCCUCGAGUACGCGGCCCGGGGCGAGCUGUACAAGGUCCUUCGCGCCGCUGGCCACUUCACCGAGCGCACCGCCGCCACCUAUGUCGCGAGCCUCGCUGGUGCACUGGCGUACUGUCACAAGAAGCAGGUCAUUCAUAGGGACAUCAAGCCAGAAAAUUUGCUACUUGAUAUUGAGGGCCGACUUAAAAUUGCAGACUUCGGAUGGGCAGCUCGAUCAAAUGCUAAACGACACACACUCUGUGGUACAAUCGAUUAUCUGGCACCAGAGAUGGUAGAGAAAAAAGCUCAUGACCAUGCCGUUGACAACUGGACUUUAGGAAUCCUGUGCUAUGAGUUCUUAUAUGGUUCACCACCUUUUGAAGCUGAUGAACAGGACGAUACCUUGAGAAGGAUAGUUACAGUGGAUUUGACGUUCCCUUCAACUCAUUACAUAUCUGCAGAGGCUAAGGAUCUCAUUUCCAAGCUUCUAGUGAAGGAUUCAAGCAAGAGACUUUCUCUUGAAGACAUUUUGAAGCAUUCAUGGAUAAAAAAGAAUGCAGAUCCUUCAGGGAGUUGCGUUAAGCAAAAAAAUCAAUCAAGAAGCUAAGGUAAAUGAUAAGGGAAUAUGUACGGUAUCUUCUGAUCAACACUAUGCUGAGCAUGAAACAUACAAGUUAUGUUUUGGCCCCAUUUGACGUUGUAUUCUUGUUUAGCUUCACAUACUUUUUCCAUAUCCGAACAAUUAGCUGUCAAAUGUAAAGAAUAAAACGAUUGACUGCACUCACAAGAAUCAGUCCUUAUUUCAAUGUAGUUAUACACUUUCAUGCCCGGCUUGGAUACCUGGUAUGAACAAAAGGAUGGCUCAAUUUUUCAAAUCAAUCUGCAUGUUUGCUUAGAUCAGCAAAGAGCGUCCUUCUCCCCUCCUGGCAUUUCUUAGGAUUUUAAUUUGCACCUUUUGCUCUGCUGACUGCUUGUAGAUGA